AUGGCCAAAUUGAGUAGCUUCACAGCACGCGUCCUCUUUCUACUAGCUGUACUGUUUGCGAAAUCCACCCUUGCAGUUUACGAUUCGCUCUGGCAACCUGCGCAAAACGAUGAAGCAGUUGGAUAUUCACGCGUAAUCAAGCUCCAACAUGCAGGUGGCACAAAUGGCAAACUCCUCGCUACUUUUGAACACUGGUACACCAAUAAUGCGCCGAGUAAUUAUAUUAUUCGGGAGAGCACCAAUAACGGCACAACAUGGGACACAUUGACAACUGUGGCCGCCCCUGGUGACCUUCCAACUCAAUUUUACUACCAGCCUUUCCUAUUCGAGUUCCCCCAGCAGCUUGGGAAGUAUGCCGAAGGUACCAUCCUCUUGGUUGGAAAUUUGCAGGGCAAGAAUGCCACCGACUUCUAUUCCUGGCGAUCUACAGAUCAUGGCAAGACAUGGGAUCCGGUGGGUGUUUGGCAGAAGGGGUGGGCUCCCGGCCAAGUCAACGGUUCCCACGGUAUUUGGGAGCCAUUUUUGUUCUUGGAUAGCCAGAGCAACCUCGUUGCUGUUUUUUCGGAUGAACGCGAAAACGAAGUCCAUUCUCAAAAGCUAGUCGAAGUUGUCUCUAAAGAUGGUGGUGACACCUGGAGCAAUGUCACGGAUAUCGUCGUUGGCUCUGAACAGACCUUCCGACCUGGAAUGGCGACCGUCGCCAAGAUGGACAAUGGAGAGUAUUUCAUGAGUUAUGAGUGGUGUGAUACCCGAGGCUAUCCAAAGCCUUGCUCCGUUCAUGGGAAAACAUCCAAAGACGGUGUAACGUGGGAUGCAAGUGACGAGGGCGUGUUUGUUUCUUCGCCUGACGGCGUCCAAGCGUCCGGGAGCCCGUAUAGUAUCUGGGAUCCUGUGGGGAAGCAGUUGAUCGUAUCUAGCCAGGCAAAACGGCAGUUCUCCAAUGCUUCCUACUUGGACAAUCCUCCUUUCCUCGUUGAAGAUCGACAUGCCGUCCACAUUAAUCUGGAUCACGGCAGUGGCGAUUGGCACUGGGCAUCAGCACCUUGGCAUGUUCCGAUUGCAAAUAACUGCAAUGUUAAUUACAGUCCUAACUUGUUGCCAUUGCCAAAUGGAACAAUUUUGUAUUCGGCAAAGACACCGGCUCCCCAAGGUGAACAAUGCGAACAGAGCACUGGCGCAGCGGCCAUCGGAAUUCUACCAUACAACUCUGACUUUCCAGUCACUGGUGACGCUGGGUGGAUUGACUUCGACGGGAUCUGGUCCGUUUCAGGUGAUCAGUACAAGUUUCCACCCGUUACUGAUCCAGCCACGGUUGUUCUCACCGGUUCGUCGGGAUGGACAGACUACGAGAUUAGCGCAGAUGCUAUCGUGACGAGUUCAUCCGGGGUAGUGGGUCUCCUGGCGCGGGCUUCUCAUCUAUACACUGCUCCCAACAACAUCACAAGAUACACAGCUGCAAUUGAUAGCAGUCGUGGCGACUUCACCUUGUAUCGCGUGGGCGAUAAAGGAGCAACUACUUUGAGCUCAAAGCCUGUUCCUGGUGGCAUCAAGGCAAAUCAAAAAUAUCAUCUAUCCCUUUCAGUGAAGUCUGCCACCCUUGUUGCCACCGUGACCGGAAGCGGAGGUGCAAAGACUAGCUUCUCCGUCGUCGAUGAUGGCUUGGGACGAGGUAUGGCGGGAUUGUUUGGCAGCUACGGCAGUGGUGGUUUCAGCAAUGUUCAAAUUAAACGUGUGAUAUGA